GGCCGGGCGGCGGGCGGGGACGCGGGCGUCGGGGGACGCGGCGCCCCGCGGAGAAGUUCGGGGGCGGCCCGGCGGGGACGCGCGCAGGUUCGCGCCCCGAGACCCGCCCCGCGGCCGGCGGCUUCUGUUUCACUCGCGGGCGAGCCGGUCCCGCCCGGGGCAGGUGCGGGGGCGCGCGGGGGCGCCCCGUCUGCGCCCGCGGAGGCCGGCGGCCGCAUGGAGUUCCCGGAGCACGGCGCGCGGCUGCUGGGCCGCCUGCGGCAGCAGCGGGAGCAGGGCUUCCUGUGCGACUGCACCGUGCUGGUGGGCGCCGCGCGCUUCCCGGCCCACCGCGCCGUGCUGGCCGCCUGCAGCGUCUACUUCCAUCUCUUCUACAGGGACCGGCCCGCGGGCGGCCGCGACGCCGUGCGGCUCAACGGCGACGUGGUCACGGCGCCCGCCUUCGGCCGCCUGCUGGACUUCAUGUACGGGGGCCGCCUGGACCUGCGCAGCCUGCCGGUGGAGGACGUGCUGGCCGCCGCCAGCUACCUGCACAUGUACGACGUCGUCAAGGUCUGCAAGGGCAGGCUGAGGGACAGGGGCCGCGCGCUGCCCCGGGGGCCCCCCGCCGCCCGGGCAGAGCCGCUCGGGCCGCCGCCGCGCACCCAGCCCGCCCGGGCCCCGGAGAAGGCCGGGCCGCCCCGCUCUGGGCUCUGCGCGCUCCCCCCGCGAGCCCCGGGGCCCCCUCCCUGGCAGGCCCCGGGAGACGCCGAGCGGGCCCUGGACCUGUCGCUGAAGCCGGGCCGCAGGCGGGAGCCAGCGCACGCACCGCGCGUCCUUCACACAGCCCCCCGCGUCCAGAUGCAACACGGCGCGCAGCCACCAGUGCGGGACUCGCGGGACUCGCCGUCGGAACGGGACGGCGGCGCCCACGGCCCCCCGCAGCCACCCUGCGCCCCUGCGGCCGAGCCGUCGGCGGGCGGCCGCGAGCCGGAGCCGAAGCCGGAGCCGGAUGCGGAGCUGGGGGCCCGCGGGGACGAGCUGGGCCCCGGCGCGCGCCCGUGCGUGUGCCCGCUGUGCGGCAAGCUGUUCCCCGGGGCCCACGUGCUGCAGCUGCACCUGAGCGCCCACUUCCGGGAGCGGGACGGCGGCCGGGCGCGCCUCUCGCCCGACGGCACGGUGCCCACCUGCCCGCUCUGCGGGAAGACCUUCUCGUGCACGUACACGCUGAAGAGGCACGAGCGGACCCACUCGGGCGAGAAGCCCUACACGUGCGCGCAGUGCGGCAAGAGCUUCCAGUACUCGCACAACCUGAGCCGCCACGCGGUGGUGCACACGCGCGAGAAGCCGCACGCCUGCCGCUGGUGCGAGCGCCGCUUCACGCAGUCGGGGGACCUCUACCGCCACGUCCGAAAAUUCCACUGUGGGCUGGUCAAGUCCCUGCUGGUGUGACUUGUGUUCGUGCGGCGCGAGGGGGUGGGGGUGGGCUGGAAAAGGGAGGGGAGGGGCCUCCGGGCUGGGACACCCGGAUGGAGCUGCGGCGGGGUUGGGGGGAGCCCCGGGAUCAGAGCUCCCAGCGUGGAAGACCACUGCUGCCCCUGGCGGGGACCUCACACUGGGGGUGACUCAGGGUGGCUCGGGCAGCCCUCUUCCACGCCCGGCCCCUGCUCCCUUCCUCCGACUCACGUCUGCCCCCAGCCCGUGCCCUGAUCUUAAACACCGUCUUGCCCUCCUUCCCCCUCCAGCCAGUGUCUCCUUUGCCCGGAGCUCCGGCCCAGGCUCCUUGGCUCCAGGAGGCACGUGUGUCCCCCUCCGAGGGCUCUCCUGACCACCCGCACUGGCGCACUGGCAGAGCGUGUCCCAAAAAGGGACUGUCAGCGCGUCCCAAAGCGUGUCAGAAGCUGUCAGCGUGUCCCAAAAAGGGCACUUGGACGGAACAGGCCGCCCCGGCGGGUGGCAGUGGGAGCUUCUUCGGGAGGCCCCGGGCACAGGGAGCGCGGGCAGGGGAAAUCAGGGUUCUGCAGAACCUGCCAGACGCUGAGUGGCUCCGGGGUUCCAGGUGCCGGGGUGGGAGGU